AUGAAAUCAAGAACAUUCAUUUCCAUCACAAUCCCAUUCAUUGGUUAUUAUUUCAUUAAUAAAGAAUUAUCCAAAAAGUAUCCAGAUUUCCCUAAAAAUCAAUUACCAAAAGAAUCAAAAUUACAAAAUUAUAUUCAAAGAUCAAAUGAUAAAUAUUUUGCAUAUACAGAUAUAUUCAAGACACAAGUCCAUAGUAAUUCAAUUGAUGAAGUAUCCACAAAAUUUUUAAAUUCACCUGGAAUUUCAAAUUUAAUUGUUGAAUCAAAUAGUAUAAAUACAAAUGAUAAUACUAUAACUACAUCACCUUCUACAAUAUUAAAUUCACAAAUUAUAAAGACAAUCCAAUCCAAGAAUGCACAUUCCACUAUAAUAUCAUGGUAUUGGAAUCCAAAUUAUUCAAUUGUAUCAUUUUUUGAAAAAUUAUCAUCAUAUGGAUAUCCUUGGAGAUUAAUGAAUGGUGGAAUUCAUGAAAUCUUGUUAGUUAAAUCAAAAGAACAAGACGGUAUAAUUGAUAUUUAUUUCUCUACUGCACAUCAAUAUAAUGAUAAAAGAGAUGGUAAAUUAAUUCCUAAUUGGGUUCAAUCAUUACAUAGGAAUUAUGCUAGAAUUAUUUUGUAUUUAGCGACAAAAGAGUAA